AUGGAUUUCACUGAGCCAGACAAACAGAUUGUUAGCCUUGUAACAAACCGACGCUCAAUGGCACAAUCCGAUGAUGAGGACUCUGAGAACCAUAUUGGAGAUAGCCAGAGAGGUCACUGGGCACACAAGCUGGACUCACUUCUGUCCCUGAGUGACCUACAGGAUGUUUAUCCUAACUCUCCACGCUCCGUACCGAGUGACCUACAGGAUGUUUAUCCUAACUCUCCACGCUCUGUACUGAGUGACCUACAGGAUGUUUAUCCUAACUCUCCACGCUCCGUACCGAGUGACCUACAGGAUGUUUAUCCUAACUCUCCACGCUCUGUACCGAGUGACCUACAGGAUGUUUAUCCUAACUCUCCACGCUCUGUACCGAGUGACCUACAGGAUGUCGAUCCUAACUCUCCACGCUCUGUACCGAGUGACCUACAGGAUGUUUAUCCUAACUCUCCACGCUCCGUACCGAGUGACCUACAGGAUGUUUAUCCUAACUCUCCACGCUCUGUACUGAGUGACCUACAGGAUGUUUAUCCUAACUCUCCACGCUCUGUACUGAGUGACCUACAGGAUGUUUAUCCUAACUCUCCACGCUCUGUACUGAGUGACCUACAGGAUGUUUAUCCUAACUCUCCACGCUCUGUACCGAGUGACCUACGUGAUCUCAAUCCUAACUCCCCACCACUCCCGAGUGACCUACAGGAUGUUUAUCCUAACUCUCCACGCUCUGUACCGAGUGACCUACAGGAUGUUUAUCCUAACUCUCCACGCUCCGUACAGAGUGACCUACAGGAUGUUUAUCCUAACUCUCCACGCUCUGUACCGAGUGACCUACAUGAUGAUUAUCCUAACUCUCCACGCUCUGUACCGAGUGACCUACAGGAUGUUUAUCCUAACUCUUCACGCUCUGUACCGAGUGACCUGCAGGAUGUUUAUCCUAACUCUCCACGCUCUGUACUGAGUGACCUACAGGAUGUUUAUCCUAACUCUCCACGCUCUGUACCGAGUGACCUACAGGAUGUUUAUCCUAACUCUCCACGCUCUGUACUGAGUGACCUACAGGAUGUUUAUCCUAACUCUCCACGCUCUGUACUGAGUGACCUACAGGAUGUUUAUCCUAACUCUCCACGCUCUGUACUGAGUGACCUUCAGGAUGUUUAUCCUAACUCUCCACGCUCUGUACUGAGUGACCUACAGGAUGUUUAUCCUAACUCUUCACCACUCCGUACCGAUUGGUCUACGCGAUGUCGAUCCUAA